CCGCCGCAUCCCGGCUCUGGGGCGGCGCUGACAGUCUGGUCCGCGCCGGACAGCGGGCGCAGCAGCCGGCAGGGCUGACGGCAGGCACGGAGGCAGAGCCCCGCCGCGCGCGCGCCCCGGCCCGCGCCCCGGCGCCGCGCCCCAGCCCGCCCGCGGGGCGCCCACCUGCCGCCCCGACGGGAGGCCCCCCGCGGCCGCAGCCGCUGCCCGGGGCCGGGCGCCCGCGGCGGCACCAUGAGUCCCCGCUCGUGCCUGCGUUCGCUGCGCCUCCUGGUCUUCGCCGUCUUCUCGGCCGCCGCGAGCAACUGGCUGUACCUGGCCAAGCUGUCCUCCGUGGGGAGCAUCUCGGAGGAGGAGACGUGCGAGAAGCUCAAGGGCCUGAUCCAGAGGCAGGUGCAGAUGUGCAAGCGGAACCUUGAGGUGAUGGACUCGGUGCGCCGAGGUGCUCAGCUCGCCAUCGAGGAGUGCCAGUACCAGUUCCGGAACCGGCGCUGGAACUGCUCCACGCUCGACUCCCUGCCUGUCUUCGGCAAGGUGGUGACUCAAGGGACCCGGGAGGCGGCCUUCGUGUACGCCAUCUCUUCAGCAGGUGUGGCCUUCGCGGUGACGCGGGCAUGCAGCAGCGGGGAGUUGGAAAAGUGUGGCUGUGACCGGACGGUGCAUGGAGUCAGCCCGCAGGGCUUCCAGUGGUCGGGAUGCUCGGACAACAUCGCCUAUGGCGUGGCCUUCUCCCAGUCCUUCGUGGACGUGCGGGAGAGAAGCAAGGGGGCCUCAUCCAGCCGCGCCCUCAUGAACCUCCACAACAACGAGGCUGGCAGGAAGGCUAUCCUGACACACAUGCGGGUGGAGUGCAAGUGCCACGGGGUGUCGGGCUCCUGUGAGGUAAAGACGUGCUGGCGAGCCGUGCCGCCCUUCCGCCAGGUGGGCCACGCACUCAAAGAGAAGUUCGACGGCGCCACCGAGGUGGAGCCACGCCGCGUGGGCUCCUCCAGGGCGCUGGUGCCGCGCAACGCACAGUUCAAGCCGCACACGGAUGAGGACCUGGUGUAUCUGGAGCCCAGCCCGGACUUCUGCGAGCAGGACGUGCGCAGCGGCGUGCUGGGCACGAGGGGCCGCACGUGCAACAAGACGUCCAAGGCCAUCGACGGCUGCGAGCUGCUGUGCUGCGGCCGGGGCUUCCACACGGCCCAGGUGGAGCUGGCCGAGCGCUGCAGCUGCAAAUUCCACUGGUGCUGCUUCGUCAAGUGCCGGCAGUGCCAGCGGCUGGUGGAGCUGCACACGUGCCGGUGACAGGCAGCGUCAGCCCCGCGCCAGCAACCAGCUCGUGGCCCGAGGGAGGCCGGUAAUUUAAACAGCGCCCCCGCACCUACCCCAAGGGAUACUGGCUGUACUUUUUGUUUUGGUUUGGUUUUUGGGUCCUCCUGUUAUUUAUUGCUGAAACCAGGCGGGCGGCCCCAAGGGCACCAGCCAGGGCCUCCUCGAAGCCUGGGCCUUUGUGGCCGCCACUGACCAAAGGGAUCUCGCUCGUGCCUCUGGCUGUCCACAUGUGGCCACUGCUGACCACUCGGUUGUUAACUGCAUCUGUUUUUCUACUCACAGACUUAAGCUGGGUAACGAGGAGCGUUGGUCACAUGCCUACUGACCCUGCCAUGUAGGGAAGGAGGCGGCCCUAUGGCAGGGGGAAAUCAGUGCCAUCUCGAGGGAAGCUGCACCCCUGCACGUACACACCGGCCCCUGGCAGCUUCAGCCUGGUCUCCCAAGCCCCUGGAAAGGGAACGGGCAGAUACCAGCUCCAGGGCAAAGGGUUCGUUUUGGCCCUCCAUGGGCGGCCGGAGGUUCAGUCUCUGUGGGACCUUCCAGGCAAGAAGAGCAGGCGAGACAAGGGCAAGAGAAGGUGCUAGUCCCACCCUGGAGCCCAGCCCACCCAGCCUCCCCAGUCAAAGCCGCCACUCCCUGGUCGCUCCCAGACAGGAGCACCAGCUGCCAUCUUGGACCAGAGGUCGCAGCCAGGCCUUUGCAGCGACACCUCUAGACGUGUCUCCUCACAGUGCCACUCGUCUGUGAGACGAAGAAUGGACAUCACACAUGCAGAGGAACCGGCCAGUGGAAAAGCCUUGUCCCACCCAUUAUUUCACUCACUGAACCAAAUUUACUGAGCAAAUACCAUGGUCUGAGCCCUGUACUGGGCCAUCCCAUAGGACGAUCACAACAGUCCUGGGAGGGGCACAAGACAGAGAUGCUUGUGCCCCUUUUACAGCAGAGGGGGCACUGCUCAGCCAGGUCCCAGAGCACGCUAAUCAGAAGCACAGCCAGAAGAGCCCUCCAGACAAGGUUCCUCCUGGGCGCCUUACCCAAAGGCCCAGGAACUGGAGGUCUCCUUGGGGAGGAAGUGGGGCCAGGAAGUAGCAGAAGCCACAGACCACAGGCUAGACGAGCGGCCACAUGGCUCCAGGGCGCAGAAGAUGGACAGCUAGAAGGCUGGCGAAGUGAGGUGUCCGCAGCUGAGGCGACCCUGCCCCCAGGUCCCCUGGGCACUGAAGAAGAGCCCCCCAGAGAAAUCACCAGCAGCCUGGGCCUGGCCCUGCGCCCCAGCCAAACCAGCAGGAGCACAGUCCAAACUUCUGUGACCAGGACACGCACACAGCAAGACUCGGCCUGACCCCACUGCUGCUGCUCAGGUGGGCUCCCAACCACCAUAGGAGCUCGCUGUCAGCUCAGUCUCCAAAUUGCCCCCUUAAUGGGGCCCCAGGCUCCUGGUUCGAGAUCUUGAGCUCUGGGAUCCCCAGCUGGAGAUUCUCAGACCCCAAGCUCUUGGUUCCAGGGUUCCAUGUCUGAAUUCAAAGUCCCAGAUUGAGAAUAUGGGUUCCGGCCUGUAGAAGCUCUCCUCCAGGCCUUGUGGUUUGUGCCUCCUGGUGCUGGCUUCCUCACGAAGAAAGGGUCAACACCCUUGGCCCCAAGCCAAACUCUCUGCUCAACGUCCAUCCAAGAAGACCAAAACCAAGUGAGAUGCUGCAGCCACACUGGAAUGAGGGGUAAUCUUGGGGCCGGCAGGCUCUGAUGUGGAUGAAAGCUGAGCCCACUAAGUGUCCCCACAGCGGCCCAGCUGGACUCACUGCUCCUCUGGCAGGCUCUGUUCAGCUGUCUGCUCAGUGCCAGGGAAAAUGCUAUCCCUCACUGGCAGAGGCCAGACCCAGACAAAGAAAGCAUGGGAGACCCCUCCCCCUCCAGAGACAGGGCAGAGCCACUCCCCCCCACCCCCAAAUCCUGUCCUCAGAGCCAGAGGACUGGAAGGUCCAGGCUGGAUGCUGGUAUUAUGGAUACUGCCCCAGGAAAAAGUGAGAGGGUCUGUGUCCGCUCAAGGGCUUCACCUUUCCACCUGCCUGGGGGCUCUCUCAAAGCUGACCACCCUGGGGUUCUGAAGGGUAUGGCCUCUGUAAAGCAGACUAGAAUCUAGGAACCUCUGCCCAGUCCUACCAUCACCAGCACCCCAAAGGCCAAAGGGACCCACAGCUACAUGAAAAUGGAGCUUCCUUGGAAACACCCAGCUCCCAACUGUCCCAAAUAAAGAGGAGGAACCAGCCCAUGCCUUACGUAGCCCACCUACUCUGGAAGCUGGCCAGAGGAUCCAAGUCCUGCCCGAAACUCUCUCCAUUAGUCUCCACAAGGCAAAGGUGAUGUCCUCUGAGGCCAAGGGCUAGAUAAGCCCCAGCUCUGGAUGCUGCUACCCCUCUGCUGCCCAUACCCCAUCCUCUAAUUUUUAUACUAGGCCCCUUGCCAUUGUGACACCCCCAUGAAAUAGUCUGAUGCACGAUAAAAUGAUUAUUUCUUUAUCUUGUAA